AUGGCCCCCGCAUCGAAAACGCCCGGCAAGAAGCAACAAUCGCUCACAUCCUUCUUUACUCCCAAGACGGUCAAUGGUCUCGCCGCAGCCUUCGAGAAGCAAAGCCAAGCCCGAUCCCCGUCACAGUCCAUAGUGAAAGACAUCGAGUCACCAUCCCGAAAGCGUCCGCUCGAGGACACUGACAAGGGCAAUGAGCAGCCUAAACAGCUCGUAAAAAGGGCCAGGGCCAAUGUCGACGAUGGCGGAGCCAGCACAUUCGCCGCCUCCAAGCCCACACAGGAGUCUGUUGAGCGUGAGCCUGCAAAUGGCGGCAGCUCCAAGGCCAACGGGCAAGCAAUUAACCCCACAGCUCGCACCGAGCGCUAUCGAUACGACAGCUCCAACUCUCGAGAUGCUACGACCAUAGACGCGGACGAGAACGGUGACGAUGACGCCGAAGCAAAGCGGCAGCACAAGGAAUUGCACAAGAAAUUCGUCAAGAAGCUCGGUCAUCCAGAUGCCCUAGCUUGGCGAAGGCGAGGCCAGCAGGCCGAAACCACAGCUGGCGAUGACGAUGACGCAGACGCCGAUGCCGACGAAGAGGAGACCCCGGCUCCGACAAAGACAAAGAAGAAGGGUUCCAAGACUGGCAAGUUGACGCCAAUGGAGAUUCAGUUCCUCGACAUCAAGAGGAAGCACCUGGAUACCGUUCUCAUUGUGGAGGUUGGAUACAAGUUCCGCUUCUUUGGUGAAGACGCUCGGAUUGCUGCCAAAGAGCUAAGCAUUGUCUGUAUCCCAGGGAAGAUGCGUUAUGAUGAACACCCAUCCGAGGCCCAUAUAGAUCGCUUCGCCUCCGCCAGCAUCCCUGUGCACCGACUCCCCGUCCAUGCAAAGCGGCUCGUUGCCGCAGGACACAAAGUUGGAGUCGUCCGCCAAAUCGAGACGGCGGCUCUGAAGAAGGCUGGGGAUAACCGCAAUGCACCCUUCGUUCGGAAACUCACCAACCUCUACACCAAGGGUACUUACAUCGACGAGAAUGGUGAGCUGGAUCCCAGCGGCGCCUCUGGAGCCCCUUCGGGUGGCUACCUCCUCUGCAUCACCGAGACCAAGGCCAAGGGCUGGGGCACGGACGAGAAGGUUGAUGUCGGUAUUAUUGCCGUCCAGCCUGCUACCGGUGAUAUCAUCUACGACAACUUUGAGGAUGGCUUCAUGCGGAGCGAGAUUGAGACCCGCCUAUUGCACAUCUCGCCCUGCGAGUUUCUGAUUGUCGGCGAGCUCACCAAAGGCACCGACAAACUCGUCCAGCACCUUUCGGGCAGUAGCACCAAUGUCUUUGGUGAUAAGAGCCGAGUCGAGCGCGUUCCCAGGGGUAAGACCAUGGCCGCCGAAGCCUACUCUCAUGUCACCCAAUUCUAUGCCGACAAGCUCAAGGAGAACGCUCAAGAUGAGGCGUCGAGCGCUCUCCUUGACAAGGUCCUCAAGCUCCCUGAGCCCGUCACCAUCUGCCUCUCGGCAAUGAUCCACCACCUCCAGGAGUACGGUCUAGAGCACAUCUUCGACCUGACCAAGUACUUUCAGAGCUUCAGCACCCGUUCACACAUGCUCAUCAAUGGCACAACGCUUGAAAGCCUUGAAGUCUACCGCAACUCCACGAACCACUCCGAGAAGGGCAGUCUGUUCUGGGCCCUCGACAAGACAAUCACUCGCUUCGGCCACCGCCUCCUCCGCAAGUGGGUGGGCCGUCCGUUGCUCGACCAGACGCUCCUCGAGGAACGCCUCGGUGCUGUUCAAGAACUCCUCGACAAGCAGUCCACCACUGCCGUUGACCAGCUCCACACGCUCCUAAUCACCAACAAGACUGACCUCGAGCGCAGCCUCAUCCGCAUUUACUAUGGCAAAUGCACUCGCCCGGAGCUUCUCUCCGUCCUCCAGACUCUCCAGAGGAUUGCCAAUCGCUACAUUGCAGUCAAGGAUCCCUCCGACGCCCCCUUCAGUUCUCCCCUCCUCAGCAACGCCAUUUGCUCCCUCCCCCAGAUCCUUGACACCGUCGUCUCCUACCUCGAGCGCAUCGAUCCCCAAGCCGCUCACAAAGAUGAUAAAUAUGCCUUCUUCCGGGACGAGCACCAUACAGAAGACAUGCAGGAUCAUCAGCUCAGCAUCCUCCACGUGGAGCACGAGCUCGACGCCCACCGGACCGUCGCCGCCCAGAAGAUCAAGAAGAAGACGGUCGACUAUGUGACUGUCGCCGGCAUCGAGUACCUCAUCGAGGUUCCCAACGGUGACGUCAAGCACGUCCCCGCGUCGUGGAGCAAGAUCUCGGGCACCAAAAAGGUGUCACGCUUCCAUACCCCUGAGGUUCUGCGCCUCACCACCGAGCGGGACCAGCAUCGUGAAGCCCUGGCUGCAGCGUGCGACAAGGCCUUCAAGGACCUUCUCGCCUCCAUCGCCGCCGACUACCAGCCUCUCCGCGAUGCCGUCUCCGCCCUCGCCACGCUCGACUGCCUCCUAUCCCUUUCCAAGGUUGCCGCCCAGCCUGGCUACUCCCGUCCAUCCUUUCUCCCGUCUUCCACCGACCCGACCAUCUCCAUCACCCAGGGCCGCCACGCCAUCGCCGAACACACCCUUGACGGCGGUUACAUCCCCUUCACCACCUCGCUCGCCCACCCAGCGCCCCUGGCCCACCUCAUCACAGGACCCAACAUGGGAGGCAAGUCCUCCUUCGUCCGCGCCCUCGCCCUCAUCGUUCUCCUUGCCCAGGUCGGGUCUUUUGUCCCCGCCGACGCCCUCUCUCUCACACUCUGCGACGCCAUCCAUACCCGUACCGGCGCCCGCGACAACCUCUUCGCGGGCGAGUCCACCUUCAUGGUCGAGGUCUCCGAGACGGCACGCAUCCUCCGCUCCGCCACUCCUCGUAGCCUCGUCAUCCUCGACGAGCUUGGUCGUGGAACCAGCACUCACGACGGUGCUGCCAUCGCCCAGGCCGUACUUCAGCAUGUUGUCACUGAGACUCGCUGCCUCACCCUCUUCAUCACCCAUUACCAGAACCUAGCUCGAGUUGUUGACGGUCUUGAAGGCGUCAAAAACGUCCAUAUGAAAUUCAAGGCCGAGAAGGGUGAAGAUGGUGAAGAAGAAGUCACCUUCCUGUACGAGGUUGGCGAGGGUGUUGCCCACCGAUCCUAUGGCCUAAACGUUGCCAGGUUGGCGCGUAUUCCCAAAAAGGUCAUUGAUGUCGCCGCCGGGAAAUCGAAGCAACUGGAGCAGGAGAUGCGGAUGCGUCGCCUCAAGGGCGUGUGUCGGACUUUAACCGAUGUCAUUGAAAAUGGGUCAGAUCAGCUUGACCAGCUUAUUGCCAGCAUUGAGCAACUGUAA